CGCUGGUAGGAUCCAUAAUGGUACAAGCAGCAUCCUGCAGCACAAUGGUGAGCGCGCAGUGAAUCAGCAUCGCAAACUCAGGCUUUAAUCCUUCUCUUUUUGUUUCAUCUACCUUGUUUUCUUUAUAUCUGUUUGAUUCGUCCUCCCAGUGGUCUUUAAAACCGUCGCCUAACGGGAUGUUUUGAACAGGACUUGACUGUCACCGGAUCAGGAUCGUCGGACGGGCAGCUGGCACGGAAUGGUAUUUAUGAACAGACGUUUCUUAUAUAACUGCAGUGCUCCAGUCCUGGAUGUGAAGAUUGCCUUUUGUCAGGUGUGUGUUCCAUACAGGUAAAUUAAAAGGGGUUUGGUAAACAAGUUGAUGUUUCUUACAUUGCCCAGCAUUACAACAUGAGCAAAAGCAAAGUGGACAACCAGUUCUACAGCGUGGAAGUAGGAGAUUCCACCUUCACGGUUCUCAAACGGUACCAAAAUCUAAAGCCCAUUGGUUCUGGGGCUCAGGGAAUAGUGUGUGCUGGAUAUGACGCCGUCCUGGACAGAAAUGUGGCCAUUAAGAAACUCAGCAGACCUUUUCAGAACCAGACUCAUGCCAAGAGAGCAUACAGGGAGCUGGUGCUUAUGAAAUGUGUCAAUCACAAAAACAUCAUCAGCUUAUUAAAUGUCUUCACACCACAGAAGUCUUUAGAGGAAUUCCAAGAUGUUUACCUGGUCAUGGAGCUGAUGGACGCAAACCUUUGCCAGGUGAUUCAGAUGGAACUUGACCAUGAGAGGAUGUCCUACCUGCUGUACCAGAUGUUGUGUGGAAUCAAACACCUGCACUCAGCCGGCAUCAUCCACAGGGAUCUGAAACCUAGCAAUAUUGUGGUGAAAUCCGACUGUACGCUGAAGAUCUUGGACUUUGGGUUGGCGAGAACUGCUGGCACUAGCUUUAUGAUGACACCUUACGUGGUGACGCGGUACUACAGGGCCCCGGAGGUCAUCCUGGGCAUGGGCUACAAGGAGAACGUGGAUAUUUGGUCAGUUGGUUGCAUCAUGGGAGAAAUGGUGCGCCACAAAAUUCUAUUCCCCGGCAGGGAUUACAUUGACCAGUGGAAUAAGGUUAUAGAGCAGCUUGGCACGCCCUCCCCUGAGUUCAUGAAGAAAUUGCAGCCAACGGUGCGUAACUACGUGGAGAACAGGCCAAAAUACGCCGGCCUGACCUUCCCCAAACUCUUCCCUGAUUGCCUCUUCCCUGCAGACUCGGAGCACAACAAACUCAAAGCUAGUCAGGCCAGGGACCUGCUGUCUAAGAUGUUGAUCAUUGAUCCCGCUAAGCGGAUAUCAGUGGACGAGGCCCUGCAGCACCCCUACAUCAACGUGUGGUACGACCCGGCCGAAGUGGAGGCAGCCAGGAAUCAGCCGAUAUCUAUGCCUCCUCCACAGAUCUAUGAUAAACAGCUCGAUGAGAGGGAACACUCGAUUGAUGAAUGGAAAGAGCUCAUCUAUAAAGAGGUGAUGAACUUCGAGGAGAGAACAAAGAAUGGUGUGGUGAAGGGACAGCCCUCUCCCUCAGGUGCAGCCAUGAACAGCAGCGAGAGCCUCCCCCCCUCCUCCUCCGUCAACGACAUCUCCUCCAUGUCCACCGACCAGACCUUGGCCUCUGAUACCGACAGCAGCCUGGAGACCUCCGCCGGACCGCUGGGGUGCUGCAGGUGACUAACCGCCUGCCUGCGCAACCCCAUGUUCUUCAGAAGGUGAACGCCACCCGCGAACCCAAAUGAGAAAUCCACAAACCUUUAAAACAUGUAAUAAUAAAAAAAAUGUGUUAAUAUACAGCGCCCUCUACAGGGCAAAGAUAUAUAUAUACGUACAAAAUAAUGUGUCACGCGUAAAUGACAACAAAGUAUGCAUUUUCAUUCAAAGAAAUGGCUGAAUAUGUAUAUUUAUGAAUCUUCACUAGUUGCUUUGCUUUGAAUCCCCCUCAUGUGGCAUUUAAAAACAUAAGAAGACUUCAAAAAAGGAAGAAAAAAAUUGGGCAUCAAUGUAAAGUGUAUAUCGCCUGGCUGAUAUCUAAUACCUUACAAUUUUCUGUGCAUCACUUGAUGUGGCAGGGUGGGCUUUUAUUUUAAUGGUCACUGAUCGACCGUUGUUUUUUGUGAUGGUUUUUAGCUGGUGCCGAAACUCUCUGGUGUUUUUGGAUGGGCCGGUGUGUCUGUAUGCGAUUUCACCUCUAAGGAAAACAUACCAUGUACAAUGGCGCCCCCUAUCUUUUGUAUAUAUGUAAUUGUGUACAGUUGUGAGGUGUUUUCAGUGUGGGACUGACGGCCAGUAGAGGGAGUAUUGCACACCUUGCCACAUCACAGCAAAUCACCCGUUUCCCUUUGCCUGUAGUCUUGCAUGGUCAGAGAAACAAGUAAUUAAGCUUAUUAAACAUAUACAAAUAUAAAGAACCCUGGGUUAAAGUAGGCGUUUCAAACGCUUGACAGGAAGUGAGGCUGCUUAACAGGAAGCCAUUGAGGGGUCCAAGCACUCUCGCUGUCAUUUUCCGACUUUCAGCAGCCCUGCUUUUUGUGUUUGUGAAACUCUGACUCUCUGCGGCAGCAUUGCAUGCUGUUCCGUCACCCUUGAAAGGUGUGUGUAACUAAGACGAAUGCAGGUCGAGCGCAUGCACCUCAUCUUCCCCUUUUGUUCAUCUCGAAACUCAUAUUCUUGUGCUGUCCGAAGGGAAUCAAUACGCUUACUACCUACAUUUCAGCUGGAGUUUAUUUAUUAAACGUAUUUAUUUUCAGAUCUGGGAAGUGCCUUUGAAAUAAUGCAGUUUCCUCCUUGAAAACAUGAAUAUAGUAACGCGACGGCUCUGAUAGAGGUGUUCCAGGUUGUGUCGGAUAUGUCAGGUCUGUUUACCCAAUCCCACAAUCCCCUAUUCAUGUAGAUUUACUAAUGUAGAGUUCCGGAUUUUAGAUCCAAGUGUUUGUCGAAUAUGUUUUGGAGCCACUGUUGCGAUGUAACCCCCCUCUUCACAUUUUAUUGUUACAUUUUUAAAAAGACAAGUAAUGUAGUCUUUCAAACACACAUGGCUGAUGUUUUUAGUAUUAGGUAAAGACUAGCUUCAUUGAAUAAACAUUAUGCAGUAUACAGUAAAUUGAAAAUAUAUAACAUUUAAGUUGUACGGUUUUGUUUUGUACAUGUAUUUGUUCGAUUUGAUCCGUGUACUAAACAUUUUAAUAAAGGGAUGAAAUACACAAGAUUUUUUUUUUCUUUUUUUAUGUAACAGAGCUCUCAUUUUAUAACUCAUUCUCACCCAGAAACACUCUUUUGUCAAUAAAAUCUGUUCAUUAUUAUUUAUAUAUAUGAUUUCUAUCUUUAGGGUACACGUUAUAUAGCUUUGCAUGUUAAUGUUUAUCCGAUUUCAGUUGAAAGGAAUAGUUUACCUAAAAAUUACCAUUUGCUGAAAAUGUACUUACCCUCAAGCAAUUCGAGAUGAAAAUGAGUUUGUUUCUUCAUCAAAACAGAUUUGGAGAAAUUUAGUAUUACAUCACUUGCCCCCUUCUGCAGUGAAUGGGUGCCGUCAGAAUGAGACUCCAAACAGCUGAUAAAAACAUUGCAAUAAUCCACAAGUUAUCCAUAUGUCUCCAGUCCAUCAAUCUUAUGAAGUGAAAAUCUGCGCAUUUGUAAUAAACAAAUCCACUAUUGAGACAUUUUAACUUUAAACUGUUCCUUCUGGCCAAAAUAUGACUCCUUAAUCCAUAACAAUGCUUCAUCCAGUAAAAUAAAAGUCAGUCCCUGUUGUCCUUUAACAUCAAAAUUUGACAUUUUCACUGGAGAAAGCAGUGUUAUGGAUAGAGAAUUGAACAUGUCAGCAACAUUUCGUUUUUGGGGUGAACUGUUCCUUUAAGCACAUGCAGAAAUGUGCUCGGAUUAUGCUUUUGUUUUCAUGUUAACACUAAUCAAACAUGAUUGAACUUUUUUUUGCACACAUUCAUCACAUCUGACAUCAUAUAUUGACCCCUUGUAAGCAUGAUUACAUAUUCUAGCCUUCGGUUAGACACUGAGAACUGAAUAUGACACCAUUUAGGUGCUGCUUUAUUACAUUAAAAAAAUGAAAAAACUAAACAAAACUCAGAACUUUGAUAUCAGAAGCCAUUUAAAGAACUGUUUUAAUUGCAUGAACAUUAGCUGAAGUGUCCCAGCCUAAUCAGACAUUUUCACCAUAACAAUCGUCAUCACAGUUUCCCACAGUUCAAAGUAAUACAUAUCAUCUCCAGAAGACAGAGAGGGGUUCUGGGAGGUCUCCGUUCUCUGCAAACUACUUCAAUAUGGCUGCUGAUGAAUUUACAACAGGGUGGACACGUACAUAUAUUAGCUUUUGUAAUUCACUUGUUAGAAUUCAAUACUAAAUGUAAAACGUUGCGUUGUGUAUCAAAUUUUUUUCAUUUUAGAAUAGACGGACAACAAUGUGGUGUGCCAUUUUGAAAUGUAUACAGGUUAUCUUUCAACGAAAGCGCCCUAGUAUCUGUCGGGUCGCACACAGGGUUAAUUUUUGCGAAUCCAUCAUCUCAAAUCAUCCGUUUUGAAACUUUGCAUCAUUUAAACCAGUUAUGAAAUGAAGCUCAAAGCACUGACUUAAAAUAUAAUUUCAGCCCAGGAGUGUAUAUUUCUCCCAUGGUGCUUUAAAAACUAACGCCGGGAUCGGUUUCGGAAUGGCUUCUGAUCAAUGUAGGCGUCAACACUGAAUGUUUGUACUUUUCACACUGUUAUAAUGCUGCUUCUGAAACCAGCGUCCAUUAUAAACCUGCGACCCAACGCAGAACAGUGAUAUACUGUACAUGGGAUGCCACUGCUUUGGCAUUGUGGGUAAAGUACUGAGUGUUAAAACUGAACAUGGCAUCAUGUUUUGCGUUGUAGAGUUUGACUUCGUCUCGUGAAUGUGGGAGUGCAGUUUGUGAGCAGGAAACAAACGAUAUGAAAUAAUGUCACUUAAUGUGCUAUUAUGAUGUCAUCAACGGAACUCAAACUGAUUGGCCGAGACGGUGGCCUUAUGAGAAGCGUUCACCGUUAAGAGAACCGAAUUUAAAUAUCCCCAAGUUUUGUUUUGUUUUGCUUUUUUAAGGUUUUGAUUAAAACCGUCUUGUAUGUUCAUAAAUAAAUGCAUGUUCACUAGAUUCAGCAGCUCCCAGUAAACACAUCUGUCAUGUUAUGUUUGAAAUGAGUGUAUUUAAUGUUAUAUUUUAGUAUGACGUACAUACUGGACUUCCAUCCAAACAAACUGCACAACAGCAUACCGCUGAUAAAUCAAAGUGUCGUUGCAAUCAAAGAAAACACUCAGAGCAAUACAGAGCCUCCUUUCACUUUGAUUUUCCCUUUCUUUUCCUUUGCAAUUUACUUCCUCAGUUCCUUCUUGUUUCCUUUUCUUCCUUUCUUUUUCAUUCCUUCCUUCUUUCCACCCUGUUUCCAGUCAUUUUUUAAUUACCUUUUGUUCCUUCUUUCUAAGGUUCUUCAGUGUCAGAAAUCACAGGAAUGCAAUAUCACGACUCUUAAAGUGUGGAUGAACGAUGGAUUGUUUCUGUAAUCAUGAUUUCACAUCAUGUGCUAGUUAAUGUGACGAGUCUCAUGGUGAUGUUUAACUCAAUCAUGUCUUUAUGGUUUCAUUUGACGGUAUUUUAAAGCCUCUCUCUCUCUCUCUGUGCUGUCAGUGAGCCGUUCUGUUGAGGGUUUCAGAUGGAGACUGUGCUUCUUUACGCAGUGCUGUUUGAUAUCUAAUGUCAUUUUCACACCUCCCGCUCCCGGCUGUUGUUCAAAUCGAAUUAUUCUACAAAUGCAAGAUAAGAUGAGAUGGUUGGGGGAAAAAAUGAAAAUAAAAAUGAAAGAUUUAAACAGCACUAUGGAUUGCUGUUAGCACCCAACAUUUUAAAGGUACUGUGUAUGUAAUAUAAAUAUCUGUAUGUGACUGAAAAUAAACUCCUUUGACCUUGAAAUUAAA